AUGAGGGGUUCGCUUGGCCCCAGCGGCCAGUCUACUGGACCGCUUGGAUGGGCUAUUCGCUUGAACAGAUUCUUGUUCAGGAAGUACGUCAUGCGUACAGUGCAUAGAAAUAAUGGGGCAGCAGUGUGAGUGUAAUGCAUGAUGGGACUGCGCAUUAUUAAAAUGAUGAGCGUGCAUGAUGCGUUUGCCCAUCCCAGCGCCUUUGGUUAAAGAGUUUAAUCUCUGUAUAUUUUCCUGUAAUUUGAGCUUUGGUCGCCAUGGGAGUUUUGAUUUUAAAGAGUAAACCAAUAAUGAACAAAAUGAGUGAAUGAAUUUGAUUUUUAAGAUAAAAAUGGAUAAUGUACAUGUCUAAACACUGAUGAAAGCACUACUAAGACAGAACACUAAAAAACACAGAUUAAAAUGAUAAAACAAGAUUUAGACGUGCAAUUUUACUGCGACCCCCCACAAUAAGAAAACAAAAAUUCCAAAACGAGUAACUAACACUUUCCAUACACUCCUCAGACAUAAAUUCCAUUUCAUACUAAUACAACAACAUAAUGUAUAAUAACUAAUUGUAAUAAUAAAACAAAGCCUAGUUUUGUGUUUUAACAUCAUUAUACUACAGUACUUAAAAUCAGAUUCUAUCUUGACUUUGCAUUCGUUUUGGGAGCAACCCUCAUUAACCCAAGUCAUUGUUUGUUUAAUACAGGGGGAGUUUCAGCUAUGUAGUGCUAGGCUCUUCGUCAAUAUUCAUGGAACAGCCCGGUCGCCUUGAGGUUCAAGUAGAGAAAAUAUUGCCCCAUCCGUUUUAUGACGAAGCCAGUCUUGACAAUGACAUAGCACUAAUCAAGUUGAGCUCUCGAGUUCCAUUUAGCGGUACCAUCCAUCCAGUCUGUCUGAAUGCAGAGAGGAAUGAGACAUCCAUCUUCAAAAGGUGCUAUGCAGCCGGCUGGGGUCUAACAAGUCCACAAGGUGAGAAGAUUAAUACGGCGCCCCUUAAAGGACAGGUUUACAAAACAAACAUUAAAAAGGUACAAAUGUUGACAUCAUGUUAUGGUUCCCUUAAAAUACUAUUUAAUUCCCUCGAAAUCAUUUACCCACACAUCGUGUCGACAAAUCAACUUUGUGCAGGUGUCGACGAAGGUGGAAAAGAUACAUGCCAGUCAUUUCCAAUGCAGGGAGACAGUGGUGGUCCAUUGGUUUGCCUUGGUUCAGAUGAUCGAUGGAGACUGGUAGGUGUGACCAGCAGUGGAAGCCCUACAUGUGGGGAACCAGUCUCACCCGGUGUAUACACAAGGAUAUCCCAAUACCUGGACUUCAUUAUGCACACCACACGGUAAUGAUUGGAAAACAUUCCUAUAGUUAUAAAGUUAAUACUUCUGACUGUUUCUGCAAAAUAAAUGAUGUGAUUAUAAGUAUAAUAAAAGAAAUAAAAAUAAAAUCGUCAAAAUGUACUUUUGGGUGUGGUUGUAACAUACACCUUCCACGACAAAUAUCAAGUCUUAAUCGUAAAAUUACGGACACAAGGGCGGAAGGGUUGUGCGGCCGUUUUCACAACUUACUGACACGAGGGCAGUAGGGUUGGGGCGUCACCGCACGGAGCCGUUCCGGCUCUCCCUGCAGAACAUCAAUGAUCCUGAGGAUGCCAUGGUUGAGCCAGUUGCCCAGGUUAUACAACGCGACCAUGUUCCAACUGGGCUGCUCCGCACUGUACGAAGCAAUGGGGUUGAGCGAAAGAAACUACUCCGCACUGUACAACCCUAUGGAGUGGAGCAGAUGGAUCGACUCCGCACUGUACAACACAAUGGGGUGGAGCAAAUGAGCCUGCUCCGCACUGUACAACCCAAUGGAGUGGAGCAGACGGAUCAACUCCACCCUGUACAAAGCAAUGGGGUCGAGCAAAGGAGCCUGCUCCACACUGCACAACCCAAUGGAGUGGAGCAGAUGGAUUGACUCCACCCUGCACGACACAAUGGCGGUGAGCUCCGUGCGGAGCUCCGCAGUGAACAAAGAAAUGGGGUGAACCAAGGGAACCUGCUCCACACUGCACAAAUCUAUGGAUCGCUACCGGAUCAACUUGGCACUGCUUGACCCUACGGGGUAGAACAAAGGACCCAGCCCCACAGUAAAAGUCAACAGAGAAGACCCAACGGCAUUUGGUCGACAGCACACCAGAUACGUUCAUUCACCGUUGGUAAAGAAGGCUGUGGAGUGAGUGGUGCUGCUGCCGGGCCCUCCCUCAGGGAAUCGGCGGCCAGUGAUGUUCCCGAAUAAUUUGAUGGCGUCUCCUCUUGGUCCGACUACCUCAUCCACUUCGAGAGUGUGGCGACCGUUAACCAGUGGGGGAAGGCCAAGAAGGCAAUGUUUCUGGCCUCCCAUCUGGAGGGUUUAGCACAAGAGGCCCUAGCUGACAUGGAACCGACAGCACGAAAGGAAUAUUCCUACAUUUUGGCGUACUUCGAAAAACGAUUUGGAGUCACGGCCUGGAUACCGCUGUACCAGGUUCAGCUGUCGAAGCGCCACAGGGUAGCGAUGAGUCAUUAAGCAGCCUGGUGCAGUCUAUUCGGAGGUUGGUCUCCAUGAGCUACCCGAAACUACCCGCCCAGGCUCGGGAAGAGUUGGCCGUGGAGGCUUUUAGAAACGCACUGGGAAAUGACAGUUGCAAUACUACGUGUUUUUGAGGGCGGCGACCACCCUGACAGAAGCCAUCACCCUAGCUACUGAGAUGGAGGCGUUCCUGGACUCCCAAGAGCUGAACAAGAAAGGCAGACAGGGGGCUGAAUAUGUUCGAUCAGUAGGGCAGCCACUGCAGCAACAAGCAUGGGCUAACAUUGCGAACACAGGUCUCCCGCAUCGGGCAUUCGAUCGCUUGGUGGUGGAAUGUUUUGGGUGCCACAAUUUUGGACAUUUCCGACGGGACUGUCCGCACAGGAAACGGAGAUUCAAUAAUAACCAGCGAAAUGCACGAAAUGCACGAAUUGACCAAGCAAUCAACCGGUGGAGGGCCCAAACACCAGGGCCAGAAGACGAAGGAGGCAUCUGCGGAGGGUUACAAACAAUGGUCUGCUCCUUGUGUGGUGGGUCGUUGUUUCGCUUGCAAACAUUGUGGAAGAAAGUUUGCCCAGUCCAGCAACAUGAGACGGCACCGGCGCACAUCUUGUGAGGUACUUCAUCAGGAGAAGCCUUUCCCUGCACCCGCGGUUGUGGUCUCCAUUUCUACAGGAAGUACAUACGGGAUUGUCACGUGCGAGGUUGUGAACACACCACAUUGUCCGUGGGUGGUGUCGGGAUGAUGGAGAAUGAACUUGGAGUAGACGGCGGCCAGUCAAAUUCCCAUGGGGCUUGUAAAACCGUUUGGAACAGCCCCAAGGCCCUCUGGUGCCUCAACACCAACCACGACACCAACCAGGGUCCAAUGAAGAGAACCACGCCAAACCAGGAUCCAACGAAGAGGACCACGUCCAGCUACAAGUCCCCCUGCGUCGUCUCCACGUAAGCGCACAACCAGAUGCAAUAAGUCCACCUGCACGGAGCAGCUCUCUACCCUACAUCAACGUGAAGUUCUAACAUCGGACGCUGUCGAGGGCACCCCGGCACGGACAAUGCCUGAUCGAUGCCCCACUGGAGUUUUUGGAGCAGCCGUUUCAGCAGAAGGGGAGGUCACUCCCUUGACGGUACACCAGAUCCUAGAGCCAAGCCUUUUUGUUUUCUUGUUGAUUGCCACUUAUCUUUCCUAUUGUUGUAAAGGAGGUGUCUCCCUGGCGGAGCCGGUCCCGGGUGUUUGCUGCCUGCUUUGGGUCCAGCAGAGUCCUCGGAGGAAGCAGUGUAACAUUCGUGCCAAUCAGCCAGUAGAGGGCACCAGCACGGCUCCGCGGUGAAGCUAUGUUGCUGGUUGGCUCCCUGCUGGAAAAUUGUGUAACCUGCUCGUCUGGAGAUGUUUUUGUUUGGCUAGAUUUGAGGAUUUGUAAAGAACGGACGUCUGGAAUAAAACAGUCAGGAAUUCAAGCAGAAAUACCAAUUUUAAGUGUGUUUCAUUGCUCCGUAUUGUUGUGGUUAUUGACACAGGAUUUUUGUGUAACACUAUUGGUAAUUGUAAAAGACUAGCCUUCAUGGUUGGUGUAUCUCAACAUAUGCAUAAAA